AUGGCAUAUUCUCUGGAAGAAAGAUUUCCCUUACCUCCUAAAUAUUAUCAAAUUUUCGAUCCAGGGGCUUACCUAAAUGUUAGUGGUUACAAAUUUAAACAAAAUAAAGCUCCAUUUCUAGUAAAAUCUCCACGUGUUACACAAUCUUGUAAAUUAUGGACACACAGCAUUUAUGAUGCAAAUAUCCCACAAAAAAUACCUAACCCGACAUCCUUAAUGUCAAAAUGUCCAAGAUUUCCUUAUGAAGCUUUUAGUAAAGAAGAUUUGGAAAGGCUUCUGUGUCAAUGUGGAUUACAAGAUGAGUGUGAAUGUCCAGUCGAGGAAGAAGAACAUGAAGAUAUAACAUGCCAAGGAAAUAUUCCGAGAUGUUUGUUUAAAGGACAUCCUCCUAGAUCAAUGAUUUUGGGAGAUAGUGGUUUAUCAGCGCCUUCCAAAAGGGACAAUGGAUUUGAAAUAUCAGAAGAUGGUUCGCAAAGGCGAAAUAUAGAUAAAGUUACUGACGAGAGCCCCCCAUUUUAUGACGCCAGAGUUUAUGAAUCAACAGAAUUUUACCAUGGAUGUAAAUGGAGCAAAUGGACUACUAAAAGAUUUACAAGCUCUAUUGCAACCUCUCCAGGACCUGCUGAUUAUACAAUCAUGACCAAGCCAACAUUUGAACAAAUUUGUUAUGAAAAAAAUCGACAUUUGAAGAGAAAAGCUUCAAAGCAAUUACGAUUCAUAGAAAUGAUUCAAAAUUUAAACAUAAGAGAAGGACGCCCGGGGCCAGCUUCAUAUAGUCCUGAGUUACCUAAAUCCAUUAAUACACAACAUUAUGGUUCAAAAGCUAAAAGGUUCUCUUCAUCUAAAUAUGAAAUAAAUCCUGGUCCAGCUGAAUAUACUUUAAAGAGAGUUUUUGAUUUACCAGAGGUUCCCGAAAUGCCAUGUCAUGCCAAACUUCCUGAAAGAGCGUGUUUCGGAGUAAAGGCACAACGAUUUAAGCCUCAAAAAGAAGAAGGUGCAAGUCCUGCUAGUUUCGAUGUUAAUUAUAAAUCUUGUCGAUUUUUGCAUUGCCCUACUGCUCCAUUUGGAUCGUCUUCAAUUCGAUUUAAAAAACCUGUGCCCGACUAUGAAGAUGAUGACGAUUUAGUGGCUGUAAAUGAAUCCAAAAAUAAUGAUGAUAUAGAGGAAUCGUCAAAACAGAAAUGUUCUAUUCCUACUUGGGGGUUUAAAUCUAAAACUAUUCGUAUGAAACCUCUGAUAAAGAGAUUUCACGAACCAAGCCCCGCCGAUUUACCACAACCUAACAAGAAAGUAAUACGGUUACCAGAGCUUCAAUAUAUCGCACCUUUUUGUACAUCAGAAGGUCGGUUUGAGCCUUGGAAUGACUGGAUGCCAGUAUUGGGAAAAAUGAAAACCCCUGGCCCAGCUUAUUAUUGUUUGGAAAAACCUAGGUGUAUUCCAGCUGUUACUUGUGGACCUUUGGUGCGUUCACCACGGUUUCCUACUUGUAAAUGCUCAACUCCAGCUCCAAAUGAAUAUAAUGUAGGUGGCGGGCUUGAAAUGAUACUAAACACACAUAAUCAACGUCUAAAAAACAAUAUGGAAAAUCAACAUAAAUUUCAUUGGGAUCCUCCAAAAGAGCCAAGAAAACUUACGUUUGAGGAACAGGAAAUGGAAUUAUUGGAAAAAUCUAUAUUGUUGUUGGAAGUUAUUGACUCUUCUGAUAAACCUAGCAAUCCCGAAUCACCACAAAAACAAAUAAAGUCGAAAUUUUUACGAUGUUUUUUGUAG